GAGAAGCUGUCUCGGUGCCUCCUGCGAGACGUAUCCAUGAUGCGGUCAGGGAACGAAACCCGAGAACCCGAAGAAAGAGAAAGAGACGGAGCCUUCCCCCAUUUGUUUACCAUUAUUCUCAUAUAAAUCCUACCCAGGUCAAGCUCAUGAUGGCGGGUUUAAACUCCCCCCACCGCCUCGUUCUUGGGUUUCUCUCUCGGUAGUUCUCAAGGGAAGGAACGAAAGCUUUAAUAGAUUGCUUUGGAGUUUGAGCACCAGAUGGAGAGGGUGAGAUCCCCAUAGAACUUCUCAUCAUUUCUCCCUUGGUUUCUGGGUUGGCCCUCUUUUAGGCUCUUCAUGUGAUGGAGAUGAGCGGCUGGUUGGGUUUCUCCCUGUCCUCCUCUAAAGGAGAUGUCUCCUGCUGCGGUGAUGAGGUGUUUGGGGGUGGGGCAGAUGGUGGUGGUGGUGGUGGGGAGGUGGGCUUUGGUCAUCAUCCCUUGGCUGGUAUGCCCCUGCGCUCUGAUGGCUCCAUAUGCUUCAUGGGGCCACCCUUCCGGCCUCCGCCUCCUGCUCCUCAUGGUGCCUCAGAUUGGAGAUAUGGGGGUGCCAUUGUCACCGCACCCACCAGCUCAAACCAGGAAGGGAAAGGGCCAAAGCUGGAGGAUUUUUUGGGUGGGUAUUCAGAGAACGCCAGUGAAGAGAACCAAGGCCAUCAACCCAUAUCCAACUUCCAUGACAUGUACUACCAAAGCUCUGGUGGUCCUGGGAUCAACGUCAACAUGCCCCCCUCCUUCAGUCCUGUCGAAAGAGGAGCAAAGGAAGACACCCAGAUCUCUUAUCACUUCCUCCAACCUUGUCACCAAUCUAACCAUUCUUUCCAGGAAAUCCCCACCCUCAAGCCUCAAUUCCUUGACCCCACCCCUAACCCAGGUCCUAAUUCUUUGUAUAAUGGUGGAAUAGAUGGCUCAACCUCUAUAUCGGGAAUCAAGUCAUGGCUCCGACAAAACCAAUAUGUUCCAGGGAAACAAUUAGCCGAGCCAAGCGAGUGCAACUUCCAAUCCUUGACCCUUUCGAUGAGCCCUGUCAUGCAAUCUGGCUCGAGUGAAAUGGUUCCGAUCAGUUCGUCUGUUGCUGCUGCUGAUGGAACGAAGUAUCCAAAUGCCAAGUCCACAACUCGAGAGCCAAUUCCACGCAAGUCCAUCGAGACCUUUGGGCAAAGAACAUCUCAGUAUAGGGGAGUUACGAGGCAUAGGUGGACUGGAAGAUAUGAAGCGCAUUUGUGGGACAACAGUUGUAGAAAGGAAGGUCAGACAAGAAAGGGAAGGCAAGUUUAUUUAGGGGGAUAUGAUAAAGAGGAGAAAGCCGCUAGGGCAUAUGAUUUGGCUGCUUUGAAGUACUGGGGUCCAACAACUCAUAUAAAUUUUCCUCUGAGCACUUACGAGAAGGAGCUAGAGGAGAUGAAGCAUAUGACCAGACAAGAGUUUGUGGCUCACUUGAGAAGGAAAAGUAGUGGAUUUUCCAGAGGGGCAUCUGUGUACAGGGGGGUGACGAGGCACCACCAACAUGGAAGAUGGCAAGCUAGAAUAGGGAGGGUGGCAGGGAACAAAGACUUGUACCUUGGAACGUUCAGCACUCAGGAGGAAGCUGCUGAAGCCUACGACAUCGCCGCGAUCAAAUUCCGCGGUGUGAAUGCGGUGACCAACUUCGACAUUAGCAAAUACGACGUGAAGCGCAUAUGCUCGAGCUCCCAUCUCAUCACUGGGGACCUCGCCAAGCGCUCCCCCAGGGACACCCCCUCCCCUUCGGAGCCCACGGAGCCCGACCACCGUCCCACGCUGGCCAUCACAAACUCCGGAUCCGUGGACGUUGACGACUUGUCUCACAUGAUGUGGAACUCUUACAACAAAUCCGAUCCUCCUUCAAACCAACCGUCGAACGGUGGUGCGGUUCCCUUGGUCUCACCCUCCAUGAGCAAUCCAAACGCCGCUUUGGACAACAAGGGUGAGAGUCCAAGGAACUCCAGCUCCAACGAGGGCGCCUGUGGGGACUUCCCCCAGGCAUUCUACUUCCCUAAUGGAAUGAAGUAUGAGGGUGGGGAGAAUGUUAAUGGUGGUAGUGGGGGUGGGGGCAACAUGAGUUGGAUGGUGGCAGCAGCGGCUCGGACGCCCGGGCUACCGGUGGCUCAUCAGCUUCCUAUGUUUGCUCUGUGGAACGAGUGACCGACCAAAGUUGGGCGGUUGCAUGCCGUUUUCUGCUCGGAUCACAGCUUCCUCCCCCCCUUUUUUUUCUUUUUUGGUUGUUGGUAGACCACAUGCAUGCGUCUUUUGAGUGGUUAGACCGUUAAAACGUUCGUCACUGUUUGUUUUCAACAGAUAAUUACAAUUUUGUAGCCACGUGCAUGCAAGGGUUGUGAUAGAGCAUUGGAGUUAUUCGGAUGUGUCCGGAUAAGUGUUCAAUGGUCUGAGUGCUUUGUGGCUUGUGUAGUUGUUUUAUUGGUUUCUCUUUGUUUUGAACGGGUAAUUUUCAAAGGUUAAACUAUGGGUGAUGUUAAUUUCGGAAAUCAUCUAAUGUUUGUGGUGUCUUUGUGCACGGU